AUAAUCAAUAUUGGGACGAGCCACCUACUCACCUACAGAGCGAAAAUGAAGACAGCUCACGAAUCAAGUUUUAUAUUGUUGAAUUGACGUUAAGAAGGCAAAUCAGAGUUAAUUUAGAUACCAUUGUUAAAUAGAACGUUAUUAAUAAUCAUGUCGUUAAGAAUGGUCAUUAAGACGGUAUUUAAAAAAAUUUUGCGAUUCUAUUCCAAUAUUAUAGUCAAAUUUUGGAUUGGAAUUUUAAUUCUUACAGUGGUUCUAGUUGUAGCCUGUGGAGUUCCAACGUUUCUUACCCAGAAACUUCCUGAUUUCACUGAACCAACAAAGGGAUUUGAAACAAGAGGAACAAAGAUUAAGAGGGCGAUCAUCUCUGAAGAAAAUAUUGAUACCGGUGGAUUAACUAGACCGAGUUUUAAUAGAAUAAAACGAACAGUAGUUGGGCCAGAACCACCAAAUGAGAACUCUAAUUCAAAUACUGACCUCAAUCGUUGCUAUACAAUCUAUAGCGAUUUAUCAUAUUUCUAUCCGAAAAUGUGUUGGAAGGCAAAAGACGAUUCGGAUCUUUUUACAUUGUCAAAUUUAAAGAAAUUAUGCAGGGUUGGAUAUAAAUAUUUCCUUAAUGUUGGUACCUUUUCGACUCUUUGCGAGGUUCAAAGUUUACCAGUCUAUAUAGCUAAUAUGAAAGGAUUAAGAACUUGUGAAGAGAUUACUCAGAACGACAUUGAAGAUGUCCAUGAAAUGUUGAAAACUUGUGCUCCAUUUUACUACAAUCAGCAGCUAACAAUAUCUUGUAGAGAGAGUAGAAAUUGCCUAGAAUCUCUUCCUUCUGCAUGUAGAAAUAAUUCGAAGCACAUUUAUAAUAUAUUCUAUUAUUUCGUUGAUAAGGAUUUUCUUAGGGAUCAAAAGAGUGAAAAUUUAAAGUUGAAGAUAACUUUAUUAAUAGGUACAUCAGGUAAUGGCGAUCACUUUGAAUAUUAUAAAGAAUACGCUGAGGGUAAACAAGAAUACGAGAAUCUUGAACUAGCUGGUUUAAAGUUAAACGGAGACGCUCGACAAGAGAUCUUCAACAAAUACAUGCUGGAAGAUAUCUUAUUUAUAGGGAUAGGUCUAGGAGUCAUUCUCCUUCUUGUGAUUUUAUACUUGAAAUCUUUUGUUUUGAUGAUUGCCAUUAUCUUUCAAAUAAGCUUCAGUUUUGUAUUCGCUUAUUUCUUUUACCAUAUCGUCUUCAGGAUUAAAUUCUUUCCGUUUAUGAACUUGCUUGGGGUAAUUAUUCUGGUGGCUGUUGGCACUGAUGACGUGUUCGUAUUUUACGAUGUCUAUCUUCAAGAAGUAAAAUUCCUAAGGGGACAAACCUUCAGUUGUAGAACUGGCAAAGAGAUAAAGAAAGACGAAACUAAAGACCCUGAUAAUAAAAAAUCUGAUGACAAUUGUGAAGAUGAUUGUGCCACAAAGGAAAAGGAAGAAAACGAAAAUAAAGAAACGUUUGAAGAGAAUGUUAAUAAUCAAUCUAUUAAAAAUUCAAAUAGAGAUUUGAUUAGUAAUGAAGAUAGUUUGGGAGAUUUACCAACGUCUUUAGAAAUUGACGAAGUAAUCUAUAAUACAUUUAAACACGCUAUUUCGUCUAUCAGUAUAACAUCUUUUACUACUGCCGCAGCUUUUUACGCUUCAGUAGUAUCGGAUAUUACAUCUAUAAAAUGUUUUGGUAUUUUUUGUGGAACUGCAAUCCUUUGUAAUCUCUUUUUUAUGGUAACUUGGAUUCCAGCUGUUGUAAUGGCAAUAACUGUUAUAUCUAGAAUGUUAUCUAACAGGAUACCGAAAUGUAAUAAGUUAAUGAAAUCGACUGAAGGUAUAAGUAAGAAACUUUCUUCCCUUAACAAGUUGAUAUUUUGUAAGACUUUACCUAAGUUGGUUGUUAAACUUCGGUAUGUUUGGAUAAUUUUCUUCACACUUUUGGGUAUAUCCGGAUUUAUCGUAACGUUCGUCACUCCAAAGCUUAAAUUGCCAACAUCCGAGACAUUUCAAUUGCUAAAAAUGGAUCAGCCCAUUGAAGCUUGGGUUCAUAAAUAUAAAUUGAGAUUCCAAUAUGCCAUUAAGAAGGAUGAAUCCAGAUCGAAGAAUGGAAUGCCUUUAACGAUGAUUUUUGGUGUUAACGAUAAAGAUAAUGGUAAUCAUCUUAAUCCUGAUGACAAAGGGGAACUAUCUCUUAGGUCCAUUAAUCUAUUCUCCGCUGACAUGCAAAAGACGUAUUCGAAAAUGUGUGAGAAAUUUAAACAAGUUGAAUUUUUAAGUAGUAGAACGAAGAAUAUUUGUGAUAUAGUCCUCAAAGAUCUACGUACUCAAUGGUCACAACCAUGUGCAGUUGGACAAAACUGUUGUGAUUUAGUUGGUCCAAUCUAUCCUGAUAAUAAAUUUGAAUACUGUCUUACAAAAGCUAUAUAUUUUGGAGGAUCAUAUAAUAGUAUGAUACUUGAACCCUUAGGAUAUUCUAAUUCAAAAGACAUACUGGCAAUAAGAAUGCAGUUAGAAUUGAAUCAAAGUUGGACAAGUAACUAUGACGAUAUGGAUAAAUUAUAUAAAUCUAUUGAAGCGUUUUGGAGCGAAAAUGUUGGGGAUCGGGGAUGGUUCACAUCCUAUUUUGAUUUUUAUGACCUUCAAAGAUCUUUAAGUCAAGGUACCUAUGUUUCAUUAGGCAUAUCAAUAGGAUUUGCGUUUGCUGUCAUGCUUUUUACAACUUUAAAUCUUUUAAUCACAUUCUAUGCCAUACUAUCAAUUGGUUUCGCUAUUUUCACAACGAUCGGAAUGCUUGUCUUAGCUGGUUGGGAAUUGAACAUCUUGGAGAGUGUGGCAAUAUCCUUAGCCGUGGGUUUGAGUAUUGACUUUCCAAUUCAUUAUGGAGUAAGCUAUGUUCUCUCCUCCUGCCCUAGUCGACAAUCAAAAGUGGCGGAAUCAUUCAGAAGGGUUGGUUCAUCCGUCGCUAUGGCUGCAUUAACAACUAUAAUAGCUGGAAUAUCUGUGUUACCAUCAAGAGCUUAUUCGUACUUUCAGCUAGGUUUAUUUUUAGUUUUAGUAAUGAUUGCCAGUUGGCUAUACGCAACAUUUCUUUUCCAAUCCUUGUGUGCGGCUUUUGGACCGGAAGGAAGUUUCCUUCAAUUAUUAUCCAUUUGGAAAAAAUGAAUACUUCAGAGGUUCGUUCAAAUCAAAAUUUCCAUAACUUAAAUAAUAUUACAAACAAACAUAUCAGAGGGCGGUUCUCUCGAUAUAAUUUAAAGUCUUAAAUACUAUGUUUUUCCUUGCAAAUGUGCCAUGAAAGAAUGUUAAUUUACUCUUUUUAAUUUGUCAAUUCAUUUUUAAUCUAUAGAGAAGAAUUAAUUGUUUGUUCCCUUUUUUCCAAUGUACCCUGCAGAAGGUUUUCACUUUUUCUUUUUGUAUCUUAAUCAAAAGGCAUUUAAUAUGUUUGUAAUAAAAUUAACUUACCUAAAGUAAAACCUAUUUUCAAUUGAAUAUUGACGUGUCUCCUUUGUCACUUUUUCACUUAUAUUUCCUAAUUUUCUUAUGUUUGGCAAUAAACUUGUGUUCAUAUUAUACAAUACUAUUAAUAUCAUAUAAUUAACAAGGGAGACUAAAUUAUAAGAAUCAUUUUUUUCCAUCUUAUCAUACAGUCAUCAAAUUAAUUAUAGGAAAAUAUAUUAAUUAGAUAAAGGUCAAUGCAUGAUACUUUGUGCUACAACAAAAUAUGAUAAUGAUCAUCAUUAUUGUUUGUUAAUCUUCAACCUUUCCUCUCGUCAUUUUCUGUUGGAAAUAUAAUAAAGUGAAGUUUCACUAUUCUUUCUAUAUCUUGUCAUUAAUAGUGCCGCAAUUAGGUUAGGUACUCCACCGGAAUUGGCGCCUAUCAUAGUCCCCAAUGCUAUUAGGUAGGGGGGGUUCCUGAAAAACCCAUAGAUAGCGUAGAUGACAAACAUAAACCAUUGAACAAGAAAGGCAGCGACAAUAAAAGUCAUAAUUUUAGCAGUUUUAUCAUAUUUUCCUCUGGAGAUUUGUAAGUUUUUAUACUUGCAUCGACGGCUCAAUUUAAUCCAGAUUAUUGCAUAACAGAUGAGCGUAGUCAAAAAUACGGUUGGUGGUAUAAAACCUGACGCCGUUCUAAAAACUCUUGAAGCAUAGGUUUUACUAUUCAAUGAACACCUGAAUAAAAUAUCAUAAAACGGAAUAAAGAAGAAUGAUUACUAGAUAAAAAGAAAUAUCUAACCAGAAUCCAUCUCUUCCGAAAAAGUUGAAAUACGCAAAAUUAAUAUUAAAUAUUAAGGGAAUAACAAAAACAAAAACAAACAAUCGCCAAUCGUAUUUUCCAAGAUAUAGCUUCUUCUCUUCAAUAACCAUAAGAAAAGCAUUAAUUGCAGCAAACAUAAUUAAUAAAUUUUGCAUAACAGCUGAAUAAUAACCAAAAAAUCCGAUUGAUGCACAAGCAAUUCUAGAAGGAACUUCUCCAUCGGUUACAAUUGAAUAAAUUCUAUCAUAAGUGUAAUUUAAGCCGUAGACUCCAUCAAUUAUUGCUAUAUAGAUUAUGAUUCUUUCAUGUAAAGGCUUUUUAAACAAUGAAAUUUUAUUUUUAGAGAGUAGUAUCAUUAUACAGCAAAUACAUAGUAGAGAUAUUAUGCAACUGCAAAAGUUAGUAAAUAGUCUAAUUGUAACUUGAAUUAGCAACUCUAUCAUUAGCAAUGUUUUCAUUGCGCUUACUUACCAGCUCAAACCUAUUCCAUGGAAUACAUAAAAUUUUGUACCGCAAAGUGGUUGAGCAUUAUAGAAUUUUGCUUUACAAAGGAUUGAUGAAUUUGCAUCCAUUACCCGUUAACAAUCUACAUCAUAUGAAAAUUGACCAUAAAAGCUAGAAAAAUUAAAUAGUACACAUUAAAGGAACAAAACAAUCUUUACAUAUCUUUUAUGGAUGUAUAUGUUUGUCUAUUGUAUAUAGAUUUUUGUUUCUUAAGGCAAAGAGGAUAGAAAAUAAAGCUUACGAUCCUCUUUUGCUCCUUAUUUUUCUUUAGUAGAACCUAGUUAUCAUUAGAGUUUGCAUAGACUAAUAGCACAUCUCUUUUACUUUUCUGAUUAUCAUUAUAGACCUUUGUAAUUUCAUAAAAAUAAUAAUUUCUCUAAUCAUAAGAUUGAUGUUGUUUUUUUCGUUCCUCCCUCGUCUUCCCUAUAUUCCUAUAAAUCUUCAAAACAAAAACUUCUUUAUGCUAUCCAAGCAAAAGAGAAUAAUAAUACAUAAAGGAGAAAUUAUUCUUUAAUAGUUUAUGCAUGCAAACAUCUUAUUUAUACAAACUUAUAAGUAUGACGACACAGCAGAGUUCAUUGACUCUUAUAAUAUAACAAAAUAUAAUAUUUCAUCCAUACUAUGGGUUUUUUGCGGCCGAUUAGUUAUUAGAUAACUAUUAUAUACAGCUAAACGGCUUUGUACAUAUACGGAAAUCAGUAAGAAAGAAUAGUAAAGUCAACAAUUACAAUCAAUACUUAGAAAUGAAUACAUCUGCCAGUGUAAUAGGAAUAGUCUAAUGAACAGAGAACGUUCUUCGAAAGGUUAAAUGCGUUAAACAAUUCACUAAACCUUUAAGUAUUAAAGAUGAACAUUUACAUAAAUUGUUUUCUAUUUGAAAUCAAUGCGUCUAUAUAUAUACCUUAUCAAUCCGAGAAUAAAUCUCUAUACAUCACCUCUACUCCUUCUCUUUUCAAGUAAUACCCUUUCUUAACAAUCACUAAUGACCAACAAAAUAAAUGAAACUUACUUGCUCUUAUUCUUAAAAAUUCUUUAUAACCCUCUUCUUCUACAAAAGAAGUGUUUUGCAUAUAUGAAAACAAACGAGCGAAGACAUUACUUGAUAGCGUCUGAGUUUGAAGUGUGUCCGCUGCGAAAAGCGCCAUGACUAUAAAAGAUACAACUACGCCAUUAAUUCUCGCCAGCAAAAAAUGUAAUAAAUGAUAACAUCUGUUGAUUUUUCAUUAAAGGAAAAAAGUGAAAGACAGAGACUUGUCUAGAAUGGACUUUGUUAGUUUUCUAAUAAUUAUGAAAUAAAAUUCAUUAUGCUAACAAGUUGUUUGUUCUUCUUAAGAAAAAUACCGAGUUUAAAAUCUUCCUUAUCGGCUUAAUUUGAUUUUUAAAAGACUUUUAGCAGUGUUUACUAAUUUCGAAGAUGAAUAAAUAGUCACUUUUGCUUUUAUCAACUUAAAAGAGUACAAAUAAAAAAUGUAAAGAU